GAAACUUUCCGAGCUGCAGCAGAAGCAGGUCCAAACGACAUCCUGAAGUUAUACAAUACGCGUGGAAACCUCAUCAACAUUUCACCGGCGCUGGCGGAAAAUACGCCGGACACGCGGUACAAGCUGGAAGUAGUUGCGUCACACUGUACGGGUUACAGAGGCUAGAGAAGCGGGUGUUUGUGGACAACGGUGACAUCCCCUCCAUCGUCCACGACAUGAAGGAGAAGGUGGAAGACUUUAAGGAAAAACUAGAGGGUGUUGAGCAUUUAAGCUGGUUAGGUCUGUUCAAGGAUAUCUCAAGUGGCACAUCAUUACAGCCAUUUUGGGACAAACAGAAAUCUCUCAAAAAGAGUGAGCAGCAUAACCGACGGGUUUUUGAAAAGUUUAUGAAAAUGAGUCAAGUCCAGAUGACAGAUGAAGUUCGUGACUAUUUACGGAAGCCUACGUUUGACAACUGGCAGUGGGACGACUCUGAAAUGCUCAUCCUUCUCCGCCAGAUGUACAUAGAUCUCGGCUUUGUCACAAAGUUCAAUAUCGAAAUGCCUGUGUUACAUCAGUGGUUGUAUGAGAUCUACAAGAACUACAAUCAAGUGCCUUUCCACAACUUCAAGCAUUGUUUCAUGGUUGCACAAAUGAUGUACGGCCUUACAUGGCUCAUUGAUCUGCCGUCCAUGUUAGACGAUGUCGACAUACUCACUCUCAUCACAUCCGCCAUCUGUCACGACCUUGACCACCCGGGUUAUAACAAUGCGUAUCAGAUAAAUGCUCGUACCGAGCUGGCACUGCGGUAUAAUGACAUCUCUCCACUAGAGAACCAUCACUGCGCCGAAGCAUUUAAAAUACUGGAGAAGAAGCAGUGUAACAUUCUACGUAAUCUUCCCCGAGAUGAGUACCGCAGGGUACGAGAGGGUAUGAUCAAGUGUAUUCUAGCAACAGACAUGGCAAAACACAAUGAGAUUCUACACUCGUUCAAAUCCAUUGUACCUGCGUUUGACUUUAAGGACAAAGAACAUAGAUCUGUGCUGAUGAUGAUACUAAUGAAAGUAUCGGACAUUUCUAAUGAAGCUCGGCCUCUUGAUGUUGCUGCGCCAUGGGUCGAUUGUUUACUGCAAGAAUUCUUUAAUCAGCUGUUGAUGAUAUUAAUUAAAGUGGCUGACAUUUCAAAUGAAGUUAGACCCAUGGAGGUUGCUGAACCAUGGUUGGAUUGUUUGUUACAAGAAUUUUUCAACCAGAGUGACCUUGAAAAGUUAGAGGGGUUACCUGUUGCACCCUUCAUGGAUCGUGACAAGGUCACGAAGCCGUCGUCUCAAGUUGGUUUUAUCAAGUUUGUUUUGCUGCCAUUGUUUGAAGCUCUUGGGAGUCUCUUUCCUAAAGUAGAGCCCGAAAUCAUCGAACCUGUGCGGAAAGCACUGGAAUACUACACAGAGAUGCAGAAGGCAUUGGAAGAAGAAAAGAAGAAGAAAGAGAGCUCUCAUGGACUAACAAAACAAAAUGGCAUCACACCUGCUCAAGUCAGUAAAGGGAAGGUGCAAACAUAGUACCCAACUAAAUUAGGAUCAAACACAAGACCAUAAGCAGACGCAGAGGAAGGGAGGUAACUCCCAUUUCAAUAUUUCAAUGGACAAACCUCUACACUUUAAGGUGCUGCAAAUAUUGGACCAAGUGUUGAAAUGGAAAUGAUUACAGGCUUUGAAGGAUUGUAAUGGGAGGAGCCUGACUGUUUUCAUUCAUGGUUCCUCACACUGACAGAUUUUGAUUUUAAUGAUCAAACUUUAAGAAAACAAUGUGCAAGUUGCAAUUCUCAGAGUUACGCCAUAUCAUGACUUCCAACGAAAAACAUGUUCUGAGGAUGAAAAUAGCUCUUUUGUGGAUUAAGUUAAAGUUCAAAAUGAGUUAUUUUUAACAAUUAUGUUGAAGGUCCUAUGACAGACCUAGGUAUAUACAUAUAUAUAUAUAUAUGUGUGGGUGUGUAAAUACAUAUAUAUAUGUUUUAGAGAUCCUCAUUCGAAGAUAUAGCUUGUUAUAAAUAUCAAAACUGGUGCAAACUGUUGAGUGUGAUUCAAGAUCAGUUUGAUGACAUCUCUGUGCCGAAGAUGGAAUUUUGAACGGAAAAUUCUUCUGGAGGAUUUUGACAGCUGACAUGUCCGCGUGUAAACGUGGAGUCAAUAUUGGGGAGAAAUUCAACAGGGUUAUGUUCUAAUCUGUGUUCACAUGUGACUCAAGCUGCCAUGUGUUGUUGAUUCAGUGUUUCGCCACCUUCAAGUCACGUGUCAGCGAGUGAUAUUGACAAGUUUGUGAUAGAAGUUGUCAUGCGUGCAUGCUGUUUGGAAUCUGGUUCGUCGUUAAAGAUAAUUGCUUCAUUGGAGCAACGUUUCAGUGUUACCAUUUGACAUGGAUUCAGUGACUGUCAUUUUUAGGUUUUUCUCCAUAUUCAGGGAUUUUGGUUACUUUGACAAAGAACUUUGUAUAUUUUAUUCUUUUGGAGAGGUACCUCAUUGUUUGAUUCUGUUUUCCUUCAUGAUAAACUUCUAUGAUAUUAGUGUGGACAUAACGGUGGAAUCUAUCCUAACAAGUGCAUGUUGAACAAACCAAGACCAAGCUCCCCUUGAAGUAAUCAUUGUGAAUAUUUAACUUGUACAUGUUAAACAGUACUGGAGGUAGUGGGAGUAGCAUAAUGGUUAAAGCGUUCGCUCAUCACGCGCCGAAGACCCGGGUUCGAUUCCCCUAACGGGUAUAAUGCGUGAAGCUAUUUUUCUGGUGUCCCCUGUCGUGAUAUUGCUGGAAGAUUGCUGAAGCUGCCAUAUAACCUCACUCACUCUCUUUUAAACAUAAAGCCCUCGGGCAGAUUCACUGCCAUACAAAUGAUUGGUUAUUAAAUAGGAUUUAAAUUUACUUUGUUAAAAUUACAAAAUGAUUAUUUCUCACGAACAAAGAUACAGAGAAAGUGAGGCAAUAUUCUUGUUUUUUAGAUUAGCCUAUUGCUGUUUUUUUUUCAAAUACAAUGGAAGCCCUCUAAACCAGCAGCCCUCCAAUCCUGCAUGCUCUCAAUAUCUGCACUAGAAUUUGGUCCCGGCAGAAGCUAGUUAAUUUAUGAUCCUUUACACGCCCUAUAAUCCGACGUCAGUCUAUUCCGUAUUUCAGCAUAGCAAAGACCGCCCAAUUGACUGUUUGUACAGUAAUUAAUGCUCUCUAAAUCGACAUCCGGUAUCUCGACCUAAUUCUGGCCCUAUUUUGAAAGAGAAAGCAAUUCAGUUUGCUUCAGAAUUAAAUGUCAACGAUCUAAGGCAUCAGAUGGGUGUCUGGCAGGCACGAAGACAUGAUACGACAUCACACAGUUCAAUGUGAGCGGUGAAAGUGCCAGUGUAGGUCAGAGUGAAGUUGACAAGAAUAUGAUGACUAUCAACACGUGUUCAGUCGUAUGUUACGACACAUGGAAGAUCUUUCUCAGGUUGAAAAGGGAAAAAGUUCUCUAUACCGGCACACCCUCUAUAUCAGCAUUGUUUACCAGUCCCAACGCAUGCCUGUUUAGAAAGCUUCCACUGUAAUUAGAUAUUAUUUUUUGUGUCCUUUAGUUUCAGUUUUCUCACAACUGUAUUUUGGUGCUUUUAUAGAAAAUUGUCUAAUCCGGGCAUUUUCCAUUUGAGCCUUUUUGGUUGUGUAACAUUCUGUUGUUUGACUGUAAACAAGAAAGGAAUGUGGUGUAACCUUCUGAGAUCAAAUCAAUGAAGUAGUCCUGAGUUGAUAUGACAUGCUAGAUAUGCCGUUCUGCACAUGACUUUCAGAUUUUGUUGAACACAUUGUAAGGCUGAUAAAUAACUAAAACUCAUUCAGUUAUUUUCUGUGGUUGUCAUCUGAAAUAAUUUAUACAGAUAUGAAAUUUGUGUUUAGAAUUCAAGGUGCAACUUUGGGUAGGAUUUGGUAGUUUUUCCACUCACUGAAACAAAAGAACAGGCUUUGUGAAAGGAUCCAUUUCAGUUUGAGAGGGGGCGGUGGGGUAGCCUAAUAGUUAAAGCGUUGGCUCGUCACGCCGAAGACCCGGGUUCGAAUCCCCACAUGGGCACAAUGUGUGAAGCCCAUUUCUGGAUCCCUAGAUGAAACCCUUAAUUACAUUCUGGCCAAUUCUUAAUGACAUACUGAGUAAUAGUAUUUGCACAGCUUUCUGCUAUGCUUGUUAUACCAAUGUUAAGUAUUAGUUUCUCGAGUGUCACUUUCUGCAAUACUUGUUAUAAUAUUGGAAUGUAACUUUCAAGAAAUGUCGCAGUGAGCAAGUUUGUCUUGUUCCUGGUUUUGUUUUCUAUUUUGCUUUUCGAUGAAUAUUUGAUUGUUCAGGCCAGGGGCGGUGGGGUAGUCUAGUGGUUAAAGUGUUGUCUUGUCACGCCGGAGAACUGGGUUCGAAUCCCCACAUGGGUAUAUUGAGUGAAGCCCAUAUCUGGUGUCCUCCGCCGUGAUAUUGCUGGAAUAUUGCUAAAAGCGGCGUAAAACCAAACUCAGUCAGUGAGUUGUUCAGGCCAGACCAGUAUUAUUACUUGUUUUACAGAUUUUUGUCCGAAGAAAACCUAAAGGCAAUCGAAAAAACAACAACAAAACAGUCACCAGUCAAAGUGAAAACCCACAUGAGUUUUUCAAAGGCUUUUUUUUACAUUUUUAUUGCUGAGGUGCCUGAAGCACUGAUUUCAACCACAAAUAUUGUUAGAUAAUUCAGUUUAAAGUCUUUGGAAACAGAUACCGGUGUUUAGAGUCCAACAAAUGUCCUUGCAUAGUCGAUGUGUCGCUCCUGUAUAGCUUAACAUUAGGAUUUUAUUUUUCAAGUGGGGAAAUUUAAAAAAAAAAUUAAGAUAUUUUUCUUACAAAAUAAUGACAAAAACAAGAAAUAAAAUUGGUCUUGCCUUAGUUUAGUUUACACGAUUAAGGAAUUGACAUCAGGGGUCUGUUCAAUAAAAUAAUCGUAGCGUUAAGGUGAUCGUAACUGUCCAACUUUAACAUAGACUUACGACUGACAUUGCGCUUGAAGGCUUUGUUGGACAGAAGCCUGGUUCCAUGUAUGGAGUUGAACACUAGACUGCCAACACUUCAGUUCAGAUAUUUUUACAUUGGAAUCAUCUAUUUAUGUGAAUGUCUCUCCCUCCUAAUCAGUAACAUUACAAUAACUCUUCACAACUAGAAAUUAUUAUGAGAUUUAAAAAAUAAAUUUUGGUGUUUUGAUGAUUAUGGUAUGUAUUUCAUGCUUAAUUUCUGCAAUAUUAGUGAUAGAACUUGAGAAUUUUUAUACUAUUUGUUUAACCAUGUAAUUUUACUGUGUGAAUAUGAUUUUGAAAAUCUCAGUAGCUUUACUCUCCAGUUAAUACAUAUGGUAUAUAUAUUGUUUUCUUUAAUCUUGUAAGUUUUUAUAAGCAACAUAUUUUAAUGGCAAUGUUUACAAUAUAUUUCUUAUUGUGGAAGAACUAUUUUACUCUUUGAUGUUAUACUUUUAAUUUAAAUGUUAACAUAAAAAUUCAGAACUGGCUCUAUAUAGCAUCUGGGAAAAUAUUUAAAAUCUCAUCACUUUCAAAAAUAACAUAAUAACUGACUUGCUAAAGUUGUUGUUAGGUUGCUAGUAUUAGUUCAAGUAUUAGCCUAAAUCCUGAAGAAUUAAGAAUUCAGAACUUUUAAUUCAUAUGAACAUGUAAUCUCCUUUGACCAAAUGACUGUUAUUAGCUGAAGAUAUGAGACAAUCACAUUAAAUUUAGAUCUUUGACUCGGUUAUGGUACCUCUCCUGAAGAGGUAAUGUCAGGUUAACUUUGUGCUAAGGUCACAGAAUGCAUUCAGGACAGAACAUCUGAUUUCUGUACUUUUAAAACUAUAAUGACAAUUUGAAAUGGUUGUAAAAAGAGACAGUGUCUUGAUAUGACUGGGUGUAUAAAAUACCGAACAAAUUUCUGUGCCCCAAGGAUUCUACAGUCCAAAGGGAGUACUAUCAGAAGUAUAUUUGUGGUUUGUAUAAGUUUCUUUAGUACUAAUAAACAUUUCUAACAUCAAGUGACAAAAAGGUAAUGCUGCAUCAUUUCAGAAAGUUGAUUCAUGCAUUCUUCACAUAGAUGGGGUGGUCAAAGUCCACUAAUUAUUCACCUUAUACAACUCAUUAUGUCACGACGUUAAACCCAAUUUCACCUCACCUGACCUCAUUAUGUUUUUAUUUCCUCGAUCAGAAGUGAUGUAUCUGAGUGAAUGAUCUGAAUUUAAUUACAUUGGAUGUAAUCUAGGAAAUAGUCUUUUCUUUGAGUGAGAUGAAUGUUUUAAGUGAAAACGUCCAGAACAAGUUGACCAUUUUGUGCAAGUCAUUACCUAGAACAAGCCUCUCAUUGAUGGAGUCUUUCAAGUGUGCACAAGGGCAGGUAACUCUUAAGUCAUAGCUUUACUGUUUUGUACCAUAGGAAGAUAAUGAAGGAACAGGAUGAAGGAACAAGAUUUUCUAUGUUAUGAAAGAAGUUGGUGCAUUGAAUUAGGUAUUUAAGUAUUUCAUAUAUGUGAAUGAAAGUGUGAAUGUGUGUCAAGGUUCUAUGGCAAUGGGUAAGUGUGAUCCUUCUGUUUGUCUGCCCAAACCUGUUGAGUUCAGUGUACACAGGUACUGAGCAAUUAUAAAUUUGAAUAUCUUCAACAAACAUAUCCAUCUUUCAGCUGCUCUGAGGUUUCAAACUGUAUUAAUAACCUUUUGUAGAUUUUGUUUCAGUACAAGAAAGUUAUGAUUUGCACGAUUGUUUAAGAGGUCGGAUGAAAAAUAGAAUAUAUUUUGAAACAUUGUUGAAUAUCUAGAUCAACGUUAACAGAGGGGUUGCACUCACAUGGGAAAUGUAUAUAUUUCCAUUAGGGACUGGUCAUUUUUUAUAGGGGAUGGAAAGGAGGGAGGGAGGAUGAGGAGAAUGACAUAGCAAAUGGGGGGUGGCCAAGAUUGUAUGGUGUGUGUUUGUGGAGGGGGAGGGGGUGGAUAAUGAGAUUCAGUCCAACCCCAUCUUAAUCAUCCCCAGUAGGGGUAAUGGAGUAGCCUAGUGGUUAAAGCGUUUUCUCGUCACGCCGAAGACCCCGGGUUCGAUUCUCCACAUGGGUACAAUGUGUGAAGCACAUUUCUGGUUCCCUAGCGUGAUAUUGCUGGAAGCGUCUAAAAGCUGCGCAAAACCCAAACUCACUCACUCAUCCUCAGUAUUACAAAAAAUGACCAGUCUCUAAAGAUGGACAAUAUUAAGGAAGUGUAAAUCCCUAAGAAAAUACAUAUGUUGUGGUCAUAAUAUUAGGCUCCUCUCAGAGAAUGAAACUGAAUGGCGUGAGAGAAGAAAAUCUCGAACCAAAAUGCCACCAUCCCUCCACCUCCAGAAAUGGUCAGUCUUGAAGUGAACAAUCCCUUCAAUGUUUUUAAUGUCUUAUUGAGAUUUUUGUUAUAUCAUCAUUGUUCUUUCAUAUUGUUAAAUAUAUAUUUAUUAGUUUCAUUUUCCAUCAUUUUAAGCCCAGAAGUAGACAUUAUUGAGGACAAAAAUGUAAUACUUUUAUAUUUACAGACAGAUUUUGUACCACUGGUCUGAUAAACUCACUUGAAGACAACCUGGUAUAUAACAGAUUUUAUCAUAUACAAACUUCAUUAAGAAGUUAGAAAUGUGGAAAUGCUGACUGGUCGGUCUUGUAAGGUCAAGGUGACCUGAUUGGUGCAUAGUGGAAUAAAUCGGAACUGUCAAUAAAUGUGUAUUUCAUGUU